UGGAGACCCAUAGGCACCGGCGAGGGCACGAGCUGGGAACGCGUGCGACUCUCGGGGCCUGCGGGACUGUCCGCUACUUCGGGUCCUCGGGAGUGCUGAACGCCGGCUCCGAACUCUGGUGUUCGCAGCUGGUAGUGGGGCCGGGGGCUUUGCGGAGUCCUUGAAUUGGAGCGACGCUGGGUCCUCUGGUUGUCCCCUGGAGGGGAGGGCCCACGGGCGGGGACAUCGGGGCGCGCCCUUCCCACGACUCGGUUCUUUUGGGCGUCACCCACCGGUGGGCGUUUCCUGAGACCCUCAGGGAUCUCAGAGGCGAAGUAACCUGAGGACCGGACAGACUGAUUCUGGGAUCACUGAGCCCGGCCACUCCUGUGGAUCUGGAGAAACGCCCGUGGGUUCGUGUCUCCAGCAGCCGACCCUCUUUGAGCACCAGUUCCCACAGAAUGCCUGACCAGAAUGGGGAGAGCCAAGGCUGAAGUUCAAGGCCCCGUCUUCCCCGUGGAACUGACUUUUGUGGCAAGUGAAGGUCAGGAACAAGACGUUGUCAUCACAGAUUGGCGCUCUGUGGCCUGCGUGGCCACUUCCAGUCAACAUGGUGGACACAGAGAGUCCCAUCUGUCCCCUCUCCCCACUUGAGGCGGAUGACCUGGAGAGUCCCUUAUCGGAAGAAUUCUUACAAGAAAUGGGAAACAUUCAAGAUAUUUCUCAGUCCCUUGAGGAGGAAAGUUCCGGAAGCUUUAGUUUCACGGACUACCAGUACUUAGGAAGCUGUCCAGGCUCCGAGGGCUCUGUCAUCACAGACACUCUGUCUCCAGCGUCCAGCCCCUCAUCAGUCAGCUGCCCCGUGAUCCCCGCCAGCACAGACGAGUCCCCUGGCAGUGCGCUGAACAUUGAGUGUCGAAUAUGUGGGGACAAGGCCUCAGGCUACCACUACGGAGUCCAUGCAUGUGAAGGUUGCAAGGGUUUCUUUCGGCGAACUAUUCGGCUAAAGCUGGCGUAUGACAAAUGUGAUCGAAGCUGUAAGAUUCAGAAAAAGAACAGGAAUAAAUGCCAAUACUGCCGCUUCCACAAAUGCCUGUCUGUUGGGAUGUCACACAAUGCGAUUCGUUUUGGACGCAUGCCAAGAUCUGAGAAAGCAAAACUGAAAGCAGAGAUUCUCACGUGUGAACACGAUCUGGAAGAUUCGGAAACUGCCGACCUCAAAUCUCUGGCCAAGAGAAUCCACGAGGCCUACCUGAAGAACUUCAACAUGAAUAAGGUCAAGGCCCGGGUCAUCCUGGCAGGAAAGACCAGCAAUAACCCGCCCUUCGUUAUACAUGACAUGGAGACCUUGUGUAUGGCUGAGAAGACGCUUGUGGCCAAGAUGGUGGCCAAUGGCAUCCAAAAUAAGGAGGCAGAAGUCCGGAUCUUCCACUGCUGCCAGUGCAUGUCUGUGGAGACUGUCACCGAGCUCACAGAAUUCGCCAAGGCCAUCCCAGGCUUCGCAAACUUGGACUUAAAUGACCAAGUUACCUUGCUAAAGUACGGUGUGUAUGAAGCCAUAUUCACAAUGCUGUCCUCCUUGAUGAACAAAGACGGAAUGCUGAUCGCGUAUGGCAAUGGCUUCAUCACAAGGGAGUUCCUAAAGAACCUGAGGAAGCCAUUCUGUGACAUCCUGGAACCGAAGUUUGAUUUUGCUAUGAAGUUCAAUGCCCUAGAACUGGAUGACAGUGACAUUUCCCUUUUUGUGGCUGCUAUAAUUUGCUGUGGAGAUCGGCCUGGCCUUCUAAACAUAGGAUACAUUGAGAAGAUGCAGGAGGGUAUCGUGCACGUGCUCAAACUCCACCUGCAGAGCAACCAUCCAGAUGAUACCUUUCUCUUCCCGAAGCUUCUUCAAAAAAUGGUGGACCUUCGGCAGCUGGUCACGGAGCAUGCGCAGCUCGUGCAGGUCAUCAAGAAGACCGAGUCUGACGCAGCGCUGCACCCGCUUCUGCAGGAGAUCUACAGGGACAUGUACUGAUUUUUCCUGAGAUGGUGGCCAUUGCCACUGUCCAGGGACCUCUGAGGUCUGCAGCCCCACACAGGAGAGCAGGGAUUUGCACAGACGGCCACCCUACCCUUGGAGGUGAAGAGGGCUGAGCCUAGGUAAUGCAGGCUCUUCCCACUUCUUUCCUUUCUGGAUGGGCACUUCUAAGGAUACCUGCUACUUAAAUGCUGGUGAUUGGAAGCUGAUAGGAUUCAGACAAUCACAGAGAAUGGCAACCCCCAGUCUGAUCUUAACUGGUCCAAUGUUAAUCAAUGCACAUUUCUUUACAUCACAUUUAUAAUUCGCCCUUAAUUAACGUGUAACCUCAAAGUCUAAGUUUCUCUUCUCUGCUUACUGUCCUUCUGGCUGUGUGCACCCUUGUAAAUCCCAAAAACUAAUCUGCACUUUUUAACCUUUAAAAUCUACAAGUCACCAUGUGGCCCAAGGUGAGCCAUUUAGACAUGGCAAAAAUGUUUAUUGGGAAGACUUCACUUCUGUUCCCUGGCUCUAAGAGAGCUGGCUUAUUAGAACAUUCAAGAAUGGUUAGAAUGCAGCCCCAUAAUUUUCUUUGUUGAUUCACUGCUUUGGAGGGUAUAACUAAUACGUGGAAAAAAAAUUCUGGGUUUGUGUAGAAAAUUCCAGAAAGCUACAAUCUCAAGAAGCCUCAGGAGGCUUGAGCUAAUGUCUGAUACACAGACAGUGUGAGCCCUGAGCAGCUGCAAUCCUGUUCAUGUUAAACCCCCAGUGUGUGGGCAUGACGCAAUUCCAGAGAUGGAGUCACAGAAGACUUGUAAACGCUCCUCCAGGCCCCCUCUGGCAGCUCCUUUAAUAUGACACUUUGUCUUUUUUAAAAAAUGGUGGGGAAAUGUUCCCUGGAGUGGAGAAGGCAAACUUUACUACCCAAGCUGGGAGGAUCUGGUCACCUUGGAGAGCAAAAGGCAAGGGUGUGAUGUCCUUCUUCUAUUUGUACCCAGUUGAAGAUCUCACAACGCUUGGUUGGUUUUGUUGUUGUUUUUAAAUAAUUAGAUGGUGAAGUUGCUUUUCCUUAGUCCCAUUGGGAAAGCAGUGCUGACUGCCUUCAAGAGAAACACUUUGCACAGAGAAUUCUCAGACCUCAUGGACCUGCCAGCACCUGCCCUCCAAGAGGGUGGCUGCAUGUUUCAGAUCAGGUUGUAUCUUUUAUGCCCCUGCCCUAUUGUUAGAAAAAAUGGCUUUUCUGAAGUCAUUUGUUAUUAAAGAAUGAUCAAGAUGAAUACUGCCAAGGAGUUGAGGAUAUAGCUCACAUUUGGUAGAGGACCGCUUUAUGUUCAACAUGGUAUGUAACUAUAACCUCCGCAGAUGUUUAAGGUAGCCUUCAGAUAUGUAACUAAGUCUCAUGCCAAUCUGUGCUGCAACACAAAAACAAAAAACACUGAUGCUGAUAAAAUGUUCAUGAUCAGCACUAUGAAAAUAGUAGAAAGAAUAACAUGGCCAUGGCAUUUCAAGUAGGAAAAAAUGGACAAUUAGGAUCAAGACAUGCUUUAAGAUUUGCACACUUAUGGCUGGGUGGUGGUCAUGCACACCUUCAAUCCCAGCACUCAGGAGGCAGAGGCAGGUGGACCUCUGUGGGUUUAGGUCCAGCCUGGUUUACAGAGUUAGUUCUAGGACAGCCAAGGCUACACA